AUGAUUAAUGAAGUAACUGGAAAUACUAGUGCUACUACUGGAGUUAACACUACAAUUGACUAUAAUCAUCCACUGUAUCUACAGUCCACAGAUGUAAGUGUAGCGUCUAUUAUCUCAUUUCAGUUGAAAGGCAAUGAAAACUAUAUAGUGUGGAGUAGGUCUAUGAGGAUUGCAUUACUUGGAAGGAAUAAGUUAGGACUGGUUGAUGGUACUUGGAAGAAGGAUUUGAUUGGAGGUGUGGUCUAUGCCACUAAUGCACAGGCUGUAUGGGAAGAUUUGAAAGAAAGAUUUGAAAAGGUUGAUGGUUCUAGGGCAUUCAACAUCACAAGGAGAUUGAUACUUGCACUCAAGGCCUAUGCUAUGGUAAUGAGUGAUGAAAAUCAAAGAACAAUGUCUGUUACAUCUAACUCAACUGGUCUCUUAAGUGCAAUGACUAAUAAAAGUCGAGGUAUGGGUGAGUUAGAUGCAUUAGCUAUGUACUCUAGAGCUGGAAGUUCAAGGCCUAAAAGAAAGUACAAUCCAAAUUACAACCCCAAUGCCUUCUGUGAUCAUUGCAAGCUCAAAGGUCAUUACAAGGUGGAUUGCUAUAAAUUGAUAGGGUAUCCACCAGAUCAUCCUAAAUUUGGUCAACAUGAGAAGUAUGAAGUUCAGGACUGGCAUCAAUCAACUCAGUUUCCACUUCAGAACCAAAUGCACAACUAUUAUGGUCCAGCUACAGCUUCUGCUCCUAAUGUUGUUGCAAAUUCACAACAGGAAGUUCCCUUUCCAGGACAAUACAGGGUGGAUGAUGGACCUAGGUUUACGCAGUCUCAAUAUGAGAACAUAUGCCAUAUGCUAGACAAGAAUCAGGUGAAUCAGAUGCAGGAACAAAGCCACAUGAAUACUACACACUCAGCAAAUAUGACUGGUACUUGUAGUGCUUUGCUAGUCACAAAUAGUCCACCUAAUUGGAUUAUUGACUCAGGGGCUACAAAUCAUAUGACUUCUAAUUUGUCUAUGCUGGACGCUAACACACUUGCACUGCCUACAAAUUCAAAAAAUGUUGUCUUACCAAAUGGUGAACAAACCAAAGAUCUCUUCACUGGGAAGGUGAAGGAGAUUGGUAAAGAAGUGGGAGGUCUUUACUACAUAGCAGGACUCAGUAUCCCUAAAGCUCAAGCAGCUAAAUGUGGACUAACAACUGUGAAUGCAACUACUACAGAAGAUAUUGGUCUGUGGCACAAAAGAAUGGGUCAUGUGUCUGCUAGUACUCUCACUAAAAUAGUUUCAGCUAGUAAGUCCAAUAUAGUAGAGUCCUUAAAUAAAUGCACUGUAUGCCCUUGUGCUAAGCAAGUUAGAUUACCAUUUCCAUUAAGCUCGUCUACUACUAGUAGGUCGUUUGAGCUAAUUCAUAUGGAUGUCUGGGGUCCUUAUAGGACUGCUACUAAUGACGGUUGUAAGUCGUUUUUAACUGUUUUGGAUGAUUUCUCAAGGUUUACCUGGAUAUUCCUAUUAAAGCAAAAAUCUGAUGUUUUCUUGCAUAUUAAGAACUUCUUGAUGCAUGUUAAAACUCAAUAUGAUGCAACUGUUAAGACUGUUAGAACAGAUAACGGAACAAAAUUUGUAAAUUCUAUAUGUCAUGAUUUAUUUACUAACUUAGGUAUAAUUCAUCAAAAAUCUUGCCCCUAUACACCUCAACAAAAUGGAGUUGUUGAGAGAAAGCAAAGACAUAUCCUUGAGGUGACUAGGGCAAUAAGGUUUCAAGCCCAUGUUCCCAUCAUAUUUUGGGGACAAUGUGUAAAAGCAGCUGUUUACAUCAUAAACAGGUUGCCUUCACAUGUUAUAAAUGAUUAUUCUCAUUUUGAAAAGUUACACAACAGGAAACCAUCACUUAUGCACCCAAGAAUUCUAGGUUGUUUGUGUUUUGCUAAAGUUUUAAAUGAAACAGACAAGCUACAAUCUCAAUCUAAACAGGCUGUACACAUGGGGUAUUCCGAGACUCAAAAAGGCUAUAUCUUAUAUGAUAUAUCCACAAAAUGUUUUUUUGUCAGCAGGGAUGUGAAAUUUAAAGAAAAUAUCUUUCCUUUUGCAAAUGCUACUUCAGGUUUGCAUACUCUAUUUCCUCAACCUGAACUUUAUCAUGAUAAUGAUCCUCUAUUGCCUAUUACUAUUAAUCAUUCUACAAGUUUGCAACAGCUCACAAGUUCAAACAAUGAUACUUCAAGACCUACUGAUGUUGCAGCAGUACCACAUAUGGUGCAGCCUAUAGCUGAAUCUGUGAGUCAACCGAUAUCUCAACUACAACAAAAAUCUGCAGCUCAGCCAACAAGGAAGUCAACCAGAGGGAUUCAUCCACCAUGUUGGAUGAAGGAGUUGUCUCUCUAA